UACUUUUAACAAUUUGGUUAGUUUAUCAAACUGUUAAAGCAAUCACUUUUUUACAUCUUUUGAGUAGAAAACAUAGUUAUUAUGAUCCAAAAGUCGCGUUUGUUAUUGGUGUUCAAACUGUUGCACCUCCAAUAAUUGUAAUAAAUGUUGUUACUUGGAUAGUUUUUUGGUUUGAUAAACAACAAUCAAAACUUCGUAAUUGGAGAACUCCUGAACGCGAAUUAUUAUGGUGGUUAUGGACUACAGGUGUUUUUGGUGGUUGGCUCAGUAUGUUUGAUUCUUCACUGUCAAAAAUCUAUUUGUUAAAGAAUUUAUUGGUUAAUACACAUAAUAUCGGCUUUGCAUUUCUUUAA